AACAAACGAAAGUGAAAACACGAUAAAAUUUGUUUAAAUUGGAAUUUAACGCUGAAAUCCGCUCCUGAGAUGGUCCAAUUGGAAGUUCAGCAGUGACCUUGCCCGUGUUUCAUCAAAAACUAAUGUGUCAUACUUGCACAAAAACGUGUUGAUAUCCCCCUUGGAACUCCCGCUUUUCACCGAAAAACCGCUUUUUUAUGGCUUACUUCUGGACCGACAAUGUCCAUACCACAGCGUUCACUCCCCGCGACUACCAAAUUGAGCUUCUGGCGGCGUCGCGCGAACAAAACAUCAUUUUAUGCCUGAACCAGUUCACGGAAUUCAUCGCUUUUCAGUUGAUUCAGGAAAUUUCGCACGAAUUACGCCGCAAAAGCGACAAUGGCAAGCACAAACUCGUCAUUUAUCUCACAAGCAACUCCUAUGCCUUCGGAUUGAUCGAAAAUUUGUCCGACCUAAAAGUUUUUCAAAUCCAUGACGAACCGGAAACGGCAGAGGAAACACCCGAAAUCGAUUUUGAAGCAAUUUUCGCGGAAAAUCACGUCAUUUUUAUGAGUAUCGAGAAGCUAAUUGACGUUUUGGUCUGCGGAUUUUUGGAUUUGGAAGACGUGCGACUCUUGAUUGUCGACGAAUGUCACAAAAUUUACGGAAAAUCGCAAGUUCAUGAGUUGUUCAAUGAAUUUUAUACGAAUGCGAGGCAGAAACCGAGCAUUUUGGGCUUGGCGGGAGCGUUACAUAGUGCAGAUUGCGCGCCUGGAAGAUUGGGAGCUGAAAUUGAUUGGUUGGAAAAACUCAUGAGAUGUCGUGCGGAAUCGGCCAGUGAUGUUGUGACAGUGUUGCGAUAUUGUCAGAAGCCAACGGAGAUUUUGCUGCAAUGUGCACCGCCGGAAAUGAAUGAAAUGACGGAGUGCAUAAGGAAUAUGAUUUUGUGCCAAAAGAGCUUUUUAAUGGAUCACAGGUUUGAUCCUUCAGAAAUCUACAGCGACGAAGAAUAUUUGGAAGAACUCAAGGCAAUUCCUGACCCGAAAAUCCAACCUUUGGAAUUCCUCGACAAAUUUCUCUUCAUCCUUGACGAACUCGGGCCAUGGUGUGCUGAUCGCGCUUCAUUCACUUUCCUCAUCCAACUCGAAAAACAAAAGAUCAAAGCUAAAUUCGAACGUCACUACCUCCUCCUAUGUCUUGUAUCCACGACUUUUAUUCAGGUCCGCAGUUACUGCCAACUCGUCUUCGAACAAAUUUCCGAAAGAAAAUCGCAAGUUGAGCUCUAUUCAACUCCAAAAGUCCUGCGAUUGCUCGAAAUUUUGCGAUGUUUCAACCCCGAAGCGAAUAAAAAAACCGAAAAAUUGCCGGAAAUCAAAGUUGGAGACAAGGAAAAUGUGGAGUCGCCAUACAAAGACAUCCAUAUCGAUCACUUGUGUCACGCCAUUGACCACGUGGGACGUCUUAUCGACAACAUUUCCAAGGAUUUGACGAGUCUCAAGUCGAAAGUGAAUGAUUUGCAGUCACCAGAAGCGGCGCCAAAAGUUCCUCAGGCUCCUGCGACGUCUCAAAAUAGUCCCGUACGCACCGUUACUCGUGCCCGGAGGAAAGCAGGUCUUGGUCCGCGCACAAAUCAACGUCACAACGCGUAUCAAAACGACCCGGACAGCUUAUGCGGCAUAAUUUUCUGCGAUUCGAAGCACAUUGCCAAGGCUUUGUUCAGUCUUUUCUGCGAAAUGUCGAAACAUGACCCAGAAUUGACUUAUUUGAAUGUUCAAUACACGAUCGAUAAGACGGCGGAUCCAGUUUUGGAGCCAAAAGAAGCCGAAACGGAGCACCGGAAGCAAGAAGAUGUCCUAAAACGGUUCCGGAUGCACGAUUGCAACCUCCUAAUUGGCACUUCUGUCCUCGAAGAAGGCAUCGAACUGCCAAAAUGCAAUUUAGUGGUGCGCUGGGACCCCCCAAAAACUUAUCGGAGUUAUGUGCAAUGCAAAGGACGUGCCCGGGCAGCUCAAGCUUACCACAUAAUCCUCGUUGCGCCGAAAAUUUACGCAAAUUCCGACGAAAACUCCUUGCCGGAAGCGAUAAAUCCGAAAAAUCACAAGUUAAUUUGCCACGCGGGAGAAGCUGAUGAAAGUUUGUACGUGAAAAUUGACGAAAAAAUUGAAGAACUGACAGAAAAUGAACCAAAAAUUGACGAAUCCGAGUCAAAAGUCGAAGAAAUCACGGAAAAUUCUGAAGAAAAAGACCCAGAAGAACCAAAAUCGCUCGAAUUACCAACCGAAUGUUUGCAUAAAAACUUCAUUCCAGCCAUUGACGAAGCAAAAAAGUCACGUGGGUUGUCACUCAUGCACUCCGCUACCGAAGAAAUGAUCGAAAAGCUCGCCGAAUACAUCGAAAUCGAGAAAAUGUUGCUCCGGAAAUGCAUGAACACCGAACCGAGUCAACGAGAAUUCGAAAAUUCUGAAAAAUAUCUCAAAUGUGUCGCUGCUUACAAGCCUCCCGAUGCCGAAACGGAAGUUUUUGUCGAUUUAUCGAAUGCCAUAGCGCUCGUGAAUAAAUAUUGUGCCAAAUUGCCAAGCGAUACUUUUACGAAAUUGACGCCGUUGUGGAGAUGUUGCCGUUUAACACGAGGCGAAAGUACAUUGUAUCAAUACACGAUAAGACUUCCGAUUAAUUCGCCCUUGAAAUAUGACAUCACGGGACCUCCGAUGCCGAAUCGGGUGCUUGCGAGGAAGGUUUGCGCAUUGACAGCGUGCAAAACGUUGCACGAAUCCGGCGAAUUGGACAAUAAUUUGCAGCCAAUUGGGAAGGAAGGGUUCAAAGCGUUCGAGUCGGAUUGGGAAAAUUUUGAGCUGGAACAAGAAGAUGAGGCGAUUGUGAAUGAGAAUACGGAGCCGAGACCGGGAACGACGAAAAGGAGGCAAUAUUACUAUAAAAGGAUCGCAUCCGCUUUCAGCGAUUGUCGACCAACAGUGGGCACCAAAACGUACUUUUACUUCAUCAAUAUGACCUUGACGUGUCCCAUUCCGGAGGAACAAAACACGAGAGGGCGCAAAGUGUAUCCGCCCGAAGAUUCUCCGCAAGGCUUCGGCAUCCUAACCACAAAACGCAUCCCCAAAGUCAGCGCUUUUCCGAUUUUCACGCGUUCCGGCGAAGUUCGUGUCUCGUUGCAGCUCAUCUCGACCGACAUCAUCUUGAACGAGAAUCAACUGAAAAUCGUCAACAUGUUCAUUAACUACACUUUCACGAAUGUCCUGCGUCUCCAGAAGUAUUUGAUGCUUUUUGAUCCCGAAGCGACUGAAAAUUGCUUCUUCAUUGUUCCAACAAUCACGGCGAAAAAUGACAAAAGUAUCCACGUCGAUUGGGAAUUUUUGGAGAUGAUCGCCGAAAACAUCAACAUGACGCCGCAAUUUGUUUCCGACGAAAUCCGCAAGGCGCAGAGCUUCGAUGCGAAUAUGUUCAAAGAUGCCGUCGUCAUGCCUUGGUACCGGAAUCAGGAUCAACCGCAAUAUUUCUACGUAGCUGAAAUUUGUUAUCAUCUGUCGCCAAAUAGUUCGUUUCCGGGCGACAAUUAUUCGACUUUUAAGGAAUAUUACUUCAAAAAAUACGGCAUCGAGAUACAGAAUCAAAAACAACCGUUGCUAGAUGUCGAUCACACGAGCGCCCGAUUGAAUUUUUUGACGCCGCGAUACGUAAAUCGCAAAGGAGUCGCCCUUCCCACGAGUUCCGAGGAGACAAAACGCGCCAAACGCGAGAAUUUGGAGCAAAAACAGAUUCUCGUGCCCGAACUUUGUACAAUUCAUCCGUUCCCUGCCUCCCUUUGGCGAGCUGCGGUUUGUCUUCCGUGCAUUUUGUACCGUUUUAACGCCUUGCUGCUUGCUGACGAGAUCCGGAAACAAGUUUCGCGCGACAUUGGCUUGGGUUGUCAAGACAUCGAAGAGGAGGACUUUGAAUGGCCCAUGCUGGAUUUUGGAUGGUGCCUUGCGGAUGUGCUGAAAAAGUCGAGAGAAGCAAAAUUGCAAGCGCAAAAAUUGGUGAAUGGAGAAGAAAAGGAAGAAAUUGUCGAAAAUUCUGAAAUAAAAACGCCGGAAAAGGAGGAAAAAUUAGAAAAUGACGAAGAAAAGAAGGAAAAUGGAGAAGAUGAGGAGCCGAGUGCGAAUGAAUUGUUGGAGGAAGCGACGAAAAAGGCAAAUAAUGAGUUGGAAAUUGGGACGUGGUCGAAUGAGAUGGCGAAAAAUAUCAAAAAUGAUCUGGAAGACUUUGAUGAUGAGCUGGAUGGAUGGGGAUUGCCGUCGAAUGUUUCGAUGUGUACGAGGAAAAAUACGCAAAUUCGUUACGGCUCACCCACAUCUUGGGAACCAAUGGGCAGCAAAAUGAACCACAACCCGCAAAACCCAAUGGGCGACUUGUACUACUCCGACUCCGAGAUGUCUUUCCGCUCCGACGACGACUCCGACUUUGACAAUUCCGAUGACGAAGCCGAAAAUGGCGGCUUAAAAAUCGAAUUCAAGUCAGAUAACGUCGCGGAAGCCAUCGAAUCUGAAAAGGACAUUCUCAAACGUCAACGCCAACUUGACAUUAUCAAGACAAUCAACAAAGGACAGGAACUUCCGCAAGCCCAAUUCGAAGGUUUCAACUGCAUGGAAGCCUUCGACAACGACGAAUCCAUGCAAAUGGUCGAACGGAAGAUCAAAUGGCACGAAACCGAGUUCGAACGCUGCAAAGAAGAGUCAAAAACGGAAAUUUUAUCGUCAAAAAUGCUCGUGAAAAGCCACGAAAAACUCAUAAUCAAACGAAAAAGCGGCAAAUCUGACGCUAUUACGCCCGAAAAUGAAGAAAACGUGAAUUUAAUGGAUCUCGUGCCUUACAUGGAGGAACGUGAAGUAGCUGAAAUUCUCGGAUGUUCGUUGGAGCAAGUGCAAAAACUGACAAUCGAUCAACUUUUUGCCCUAAAUGAGGCUUAUUUGGCUCGUGUGACGCUGGAAAAGGCAGAAAUCGUUGGAGUUGGGGACAUUUUCGAUCGUUUUAAUGACCGUGCAUUGUACGACGGGCAAAAAAUGCUCGUGAUUCGGUAUCCAGAUGUCCGUUGCAGACCAAUUUCGGAAGAUUUAACAAAAGUUGACUUCCAUAAAACGGAUGAAAUUUAUCGGGAACUCGAAAAAACAGGAAAUUUCAGUUUUGACUACCAGCCAGACUUGGAAACGCAUCCAGGACCAAGCCCAAGUAUCAUUUUGCAAGCUUUGACGAUGUCAAACGCGAACGACGGGAUAAAUUUGGAACGAUUAGAGACGAUUGGAGAUUCAUUUUUGAAAUAUGCAAUCACAACUUACCUCUAUUUGACGUACGAAAAUGUGCAUGAAGGCAAAUUAAGUCACCUCCGAAGCAAGCAAGUGAGUAAUUUGAACCUUUAUCGCUUGGGUCGUCGAAAAAUUCUGGGUGAAAGUAUGAUAGCGACGAAAUUCGAGCCACACGAUAAUUGGCUGCCGCCUUGUUACUACGUCCCAAAGGAGUUGGAACAAGCAUUAAUUGCUGCCAAAAUCCCCGCUUGUCACUGGAAUUUAGCGGAUUUGCCGAAUAUCAAACAAUUACCGAGCGAGGAAAUUUGUCGUUUGGUCAAAGAACGCGCCGAAGAGAUGGGCUUGCUUGAUGACGACGACGAAAGUGACGAAUCUCUGCCUCCGGACGAAGAAGAAAAUGUUGAUCCCGAAGAUUUUCCGUGUUUCAUCCCAUAUAACCUCGUGACGCAGCACAGUAUUCCCGAUAAAUCCAUCGCAGAUUGCGUUGAAGCCCUAAUUGGCGCUUACCUGAUCGAAUGUGGACCCAAAGGAGCGUUACUUUUCAUGGCUUGGCUCGGGAUUCGGGUACUUCCGAUGCGAAAAUCGCUGGAAAAUGUCAAAAAAACGAGAAAAUUCGAGGAAAUGUACGACGAUUGGAAAAUCCCAAGAUCUCCGUUGCUUCAUUUCUCGCCCCAUGUUGAUGAAAGUCUCGAUUGUCUCCUCGAUGGGUACGAAAAAUUCGAGGAAGCCAUCGGUUACAAGUUCCGGGAUCGAUCUUAUCUCCUUCAAGCGAUGACUCACGCCUCAUUUUCGCCGAAUCGGUUAACGGAUUGCUACCAGAGACUUGAAUUUUUGGGCGAUGCAGUCUUGGAUUACCUCAUAACGCGUCAUUUGUACGAAGAUCCGCGUCAACAUUCGCCGGGGGCUCUCACGGAUUUGCGUUCGGCUUUGGUGAAUAACAGUAUUUUUGCGUCUCUUGCGGUGCGGCAUGGAUUUCACAAAUAUUUCAGGCAUUUGUCGCCCGGGUUGAAUGACGUCAUCGAUCGGUUUGUGAGGAUUCAGAACGAAAAUGGGCAUUGCAUCAGUGAGGAGUUUUAUUUGUUGUCGGAAGACGAAUGUGACGAAGCGGAAGAUGUCGAAGUGCCAAAAGCGCUUGGAGAUGUCUUUGAAUCUGUGGCGGGAGCGAUUUUUUUGGACUCGUUUAUGUCACUGGAUAGCGUGUGGAAGGUUUAUAGUUCGAUGAUGAAUCCGGAAAUUGAGCAAUUUAGCAAUUCUGUGCCGAAGUCGCCGAUUCGGGAGUUGCUGGAAUUGGAGCCAGAAACAGCAAAGUUUGGCAAACCCGAAAAACUUGCCGAUGGUCGUCGAGUUCGUGUCACCGUGGAAGUUUUUGGCAAAGGAACGUAUCGCGGCAUCGGAAGAAAUUACAGAAUCGCCAAAUGCACAGCAGCCAAAUGUGCAUUGCGACAAUUGAAGAAACAAGGACUUAUCAAUAGGAAACACUAAAAAAAUAUUUAGUUUAAGGAUUUUUUCUAGUCGCUCAAAUUAGAUGAUAAAAAAAUUAAAAAAAAAAUUGAUAAUAAAAAAAAACAUUCCGGUACU